AUGGUGAACUCCCCAAAGGGUUCGGUAUUCAAGAGGUCACUUGAUGUUUCCGAUGUUUCAAAAGAUGCAGAUUUGUUGUUCCGUGUUCUUGAUAAAAUGGUGGAGGAAAUUGGUGAAAAGAAUGUGGUACAAGUGGUGACCGAUAAUGCCUCAGCUUAUGUGAAGGCGGGGAAGUUGUUGGAAGCUAAAAGACCAAAUCUAUAUUGGACACCAUGUGCCGCACAUUGCCUAGAUUUGAUGUUGGAAGAUAUUGGCAAACAAGUUCCAAAGGUGAAAAGUGCAUUAAAGAAGUCGAUUUUAGCAAUUGGGUAUAUAUAUAGCCAUGUGCCUCUUGUGAACAUGAUGAGAAAGUUCACAAACCAAAGAAACUUACAUAGGCCGGCUAUCACAAGAUUUGCAACAUCUUUCAUCACUCUUGCCCAAAUCCACAAACAGAGAGCCAAUUUGAGGAAUAUGGUGCUUUCUAAAGAGUGGGAAGCAUCUAAGUGGUCUUCAGACGGGAGGGGGACAAAAGUAAAAACCUACUUUAUGCAAGACAUGUUUUGGAGAAAUGUGCAUUAUGCUCUUAAGUUGACGGGUCCCCUAGUUACGGUUCUUAGGAUUGUUGAUGGAGAAAAAUAUCCGGCCAUGGGCUUCAUUUAUGAGGCCAUGGAUAGGGCUAAGGAGGCCAUUCGUGAUAGCUUUUCGAGACCGGAUGACUACAAGACAACUUUUGAAAUUAUAGAUCGCAGGUGGGAAUGUCAAUUACAUAGACCUUUGCAUGCGGCGGGACACUUCUUGAACCCGGGAAUCUUUUAUAAAGAUGUUAGUGGGAUAGCUUGUGAAGAAGUGGAAAAAGGUUUGUAUGAUUGCAUUAUGAGGCUUGUUCCCGAGCAACAAGUUCAAGACAAGAUUUCAGAAGAGUUGGACAAAUAUCGGAAUGCACAAGGACUGUUUGGUAAUCCUAUGGCUGUUACACAUAGGGAGACAAAAUCACCAGUUGAUUGGUGGGGAGCAUAUGGAUCUUCAACUCCUAAUCUAAAAAAAUUUGCUGUAAAGGUUCUUAGUCUCGCUUGUAGUGCUACAAGUUGUGAAAGAAAUUGGAGUGUUUUUCAACAUAAAUUCUGCUUUGUGUUCUUACUUUCUUUGAUUCUCUUACUUGCAACUUCAUACAAAGAAACGAAAUAG